AUGGCACCCUUUGGUCUAUCUGACCAUUUUACGAUAUCGCUUUUUCCAAAGAUCAGAAAUAUUAAUACGAAUAAACCAAGAGUAGUUAAAUCACGUGACAUUAGACCAAGCAACAAAAUGGCACUUGGGAGAGUUCUUUCAACAAUUGAUUGGUCGUGUUUGGAUCUAAUUAACUCUUGUGAGGGAAAGGUUGACUUUUUUAACAAAAUUGUAUCUGAUUCUCUUAAUUUAAUCAUGCCGAUAAAAAUCAGGACUAUACAUAAUAAUGAUGCCCCCUGGAUGUCCGACAAACUUAAACGUUCGAUUAAGAAUCGGCAACGAGCCUUACAAUCAGGGAACAGUAUUGAAUUUAAAUAUUAUCGCAAUGUAGUUAACAUGGAACGAAAGAAAUGCAAGUCCUCCUACUAUGAUUGCAAGAUUAAAAACCUGAAACAUGUUAAGCCUAGGAACUGGUGGAGUGCAGUUAAAAAAAUAAGUGGAAUGAAUACAAUUACCAAACCUGAUCUCCGCUCCAAUUUACAAAUUGAUGACCUCGAUAACCUAAGUGAUAUCGAGGUUGCAAAUAAAAUUAAUGACAAGUUUCUGGAACCACUCCAAGAGUUUCAACCGUUGCAAGUCACAGUACCAAACAACGACUCCAUUUCAAAUGUCCUUACAGUGUCUGAACUGGACGUCUGGAAUUGUUUAAACUCACUCAAUCCCUGGAAGUCAGGUGGGCCUGAUAAUAUCCCGUCUUGGGUUCUUAAAGAAUAUGCAAUGAUUCUCUCAUUACCAGUGAUGAAAAUCAUAAACAGUUCCUACACUGAAAACAAACUACCCCCAAUUUGGAAGCAAGCAAAUAUUAUCCCAGUCCCAAAGGUGACGCCAGCUCAUGACAUUAACCAAUAUCUUAGACCCAUUUCGUUAACUCCUCUACUUUCUAAAGUCGCCGAGGAAUUCGUGGUUAUUAAGCAUUUAAAACCCGCAAUCCUUAAAGUUUUAGAUGUAAAUCAAUAUGGUGUUAUUCCCGGCUCGUCCACAAACCAGGCGCUUAUUAAAAUGAUUCAUAAAUGGUCGGAGAAAACAGACGGUGCUAGAGCCUCAGUAAGGAUUGUUUUGGUUGAUUACCAAAAAGCUUUCGAUUAUGUAGACCACACCAUCGUCCUAUCUAAACUGAAAUCCCUCGAAAUCCCUGAUUCCACUGUUAGUUGGAUUGCAGAUUUCCUGAGUGACAGACAACAACGAACCAAAUUGGAGCACGACUGUUUUUCGGAGUGGGGGAAUGUUCCAGCUGGUGUCCCUCAAGGAACCAAGCUGGGUCCGUGGUUAUUUAUAUUGAUGAUAAACGAUCUAAAAACACGUUGUUUAGACGAGGUAAAAUUCGUAGACGAUCUAACGGUAUAUGAAACAGUAACCAGAUUUGGUUCAAGUGAUAUCCAACAUGCAGUGUCCGAAAUUGAAGAGUGGUCCGAGUCAAACCUUUUCAGAUUGAAUGAAAACAAAUGCAAAGAAUUGCGGAUAGACUUUGCGAAAAAUAGAAAUCCCUUUCCUCCUAUUAAAAUUAAUGGUAAACCCUUACAAGUGGUGGAAGAAGCAAAAUUACUGGGUCUUACUAUCGCGAACAAUUUGAAGUGGAAUAGUCAUGUCAAUAACAUAGUGACAAAAGUUCCAAAAGGAUUUACCUUUUAGUGCAGCUGAAACGAGCAAAAGUCGCAAUUCAAGAUGUUUUACAAUUCUAUACCGUAUGUAUCCGCCCCAUUCUGGAAUACGCUUCCACUGUUUUCCACUACUCUUUACCUAAAUACUUGAGUGAUGAAAUUGAACGAGUACAAAAACGGGUUCUUCGAAUUGUAUAUCCGAACUUACAUUACGAAGAUGCAUUGAUGGAAGCUGGGAUGGAGUCAUAGUACGCUAGAAGGCAAAUUGCCUGCAAUAAACUUUUUAAUCAAAUUCUAAAUAACCCGAACCAUAAACUUCAUAAUUUAAUCCCUAAAAUAGAUACUUCAUUAAAUUACCAAUUACGAAACAACAAGAAGAUACAUGUUCCGAAAUUCUAUACUGAACGUUUUAAGAAUUCGUAUGUCAUCGCUAGUUGCUUAGACAUAAAUAAUCGUAAUUCAACAAAUUAGUGUUAGUUUUAAUAUUUAUAAUCUUCUUAGUAAGCCAUAGCAUAGGUUGUAAUUUUUUAAAUGUAAUAUAAUUUGUAUUCAGUCUCUUUUAUAUUGUAAUCGCUUACCAAUUCAGUAUUUGUACUGCAAAAAGUGAAUUAUUAAACAAUCUAUCUAUCUAUCUAUCUAUAUCUGUAUUUAAAAUCGAUUCUAUAGGCAUUUCGUUUUAAAACGUUUUUAAUUAAAAUACUGAAGUCUCAAAACUUUAUAUAGCAAUAUCAAACUGCAGAAGUAAGUCAAUGUAUCAACAGGAUGGACAAGAAAAAAGUCUUGUGUUAUUCCGCCAUGAUUAAUUUGCGAUACGCACGCUCGUGUAAACAUGCGUACUAAAGUACGACUAAAUGGCGAAACAAGCGAUAAAUAUUCGACUUUUUAGCCUCGAGCAAAUUCCCCACCCCGGGGCUAACCUGCAGAAAGCGAAUGCCCGACCCUGGGAACAAGUACAGUUGAGAAUGCCCGACAAACGCCCGGGGGGGGGUGUGUGUGUUGGGCACCCAUGGAAUUGCUUGAGACAUUACGCGCGGGAAAAACAACCAUUUUUGAGCCGAAAGGGGUUAUUUUUACCGCGCGUAAUACAAAUAUAUACAAAAUUUGCGAACUUCACAGGGCUAUAUUUUUUUGAUCUUACAACAUUUAGCAAACAAUCUUUGCAGUUUUACUCAUUCUAACUCUAAGACGCUCUUUCUAGCUGUGGUGUUGAAUUUCGUCCUUCUUGCCUUGAUCAAAAUUUAGUCGGCGAUCACGCAAACAGGAAGGUCGACAAAAUAUACUAAGGAGUGAUGAAUUAUUAAGUUUUCAGACUUAAAAGAAAGCUAUUUUUUAAAUUAUGAAGCAUAUUUUGAAAAAUGUUAUUAUCAAUAUUCCAAACGAUAUGUGAUUCGAAAAUUGUAUACAUUUAUUAGAGCAGUUGCGAAUAAUGCAACUAUAGGCCCCCCUGGCAGGAAUGGACCCUGCGAUUCCAGUACAGCGUUCUAACUAACUGAGCUACAGAGAUACAGUUGUUGAGCUCUAACCGCAAGUUCAUCUAUAAAUACUAAGGUGAUGCUGUAUAUAAUAAUACUCACAAAGGAGUUUCUUCAAUUUGUUACCUAAAAUAUCGAAGCAAUAGAAUUGCCUAAUAAUUGAAAUAUUUUAAGUUUCAGCUACGUUUUAUAAAUCCUUUCAGAAAUCGUGUGCAAACCUUGGAAGAAUCGUACCAGCGUCGGGAAGCUAGACAGAGAGAAGAAAUUGAACUACUCAUAAUUAAACACAAAGACACGGUUAACCAACUGGAACGCGAGAAAUCCGACCUCCAGACUGGGCAUGCGCGAAAGAUCUCGACGCUCGAGGCAAAUAAACUUACUGAGAUCGAGCGACUGAACGAGACACAUCGUCGUGCGUUAGAUGAAGUACGCAGUGAGCAUCUCGCCGAGAUAAAUCAUUUGAAAAAGAUGAAAGAACAGGAGAUAUCAGCGACAAUGACUGCUUUCUCACACACCAAGUCCUUGCAGAGUCUCAUGGAACAAGUUUUAAAUUCAACCAAACAGGUAUAAGUGUAUAAUUUAGUUGCUUUUACAUUAGGUUAGCUAAUUAAAUUAGAUUGUUGUAUAGUUAAGCCGGUUACAGACGAGCAAGUUUUCUAUGACAAGUUUUUAUGUGACAAGUUUUAUUUGCCAAAUGCACGUGUGAAAAUGCAACAAAUUUUAUAUGACAAGUUUUCAUGUCACAAGUUUUAUUUACUGGUGUGAACGUGUCAACAAAUUUACUUUGACAAUUUAUUAGUAGCCAGCUGGCCAAUCACAUCAAAUGCUCAGAUUACUUUGACAAGUUUUCUUUGUUGACCCAUAAAGACGAACAAAAUUAAAUUUUGUACUUUGACAAUUUUUUCUAUGACAAGUGCACUUGUUCAGAAUAAAACUUGUCACAUAAAAAACUUGCCAUAGAAAGCUUGCUCGUCUGUAACAGGCUUUAGUGCUUUUAAACUAAACGUGAUGCUAGUGGAAAAUUGUUGCUGGCUCCGACCACAAUGUUCAUCGUCACGUGUGUAUUGUAUUUUCGCCAGAGCAACCAACACAACAGGCAUGUUUUCAUUUAACCAUUGUGUAAUAUCACGAAUGGGUAAUUAACAAACACACAGCCGGUUGGUUAGUUGGGCGAAAAAAGCAAUACACACGUGACGAUGAACUGACCAUUUUUUUGCAUAGACCAAGACAAAAACAUAGACAAUGAGGUCUAUUAGUCUGUAUCGAGUUGCCUGACCUUCUUCCAUUGACUACAGUUUUACCAUUUUUUUGCCUAUUUGGUUAUUUUUGUUUCGUUUCUCAAUUUCGUCGUUUCUUAAAACACCUCAGGUAGAAGACUUGCAUCACCUAGUAGAAGUGUCUCACAAAAGCAGUCAACAAGAACGAGACAUCACGAUGAAAACCAAGGACGAAUAUCUCACUCAACUCCAAGACAGGCUUCUGAAACAACAGACAGACAAUGACGAGGAACGCACUAGGUUGCAAAACCUCGUCGCAAAAAUGGAAGUGCAAAUCCGCGAGCAAAGUCGGAAAUUUGAGGAAGAUAAAUGGAAGUUGAGCCAGGUAUGUGAUAACAUUGAUCUAUAGGAAUAUAAGUAUAUAUAGAAAAUGAACUAGCCUGAAGUCAGCCAUUCUUGAAUUUUCUUGUUUAAAACUAAAAUUUAGCAUUGUCGUUGUUGCUACACGAGUAAUAGUAGCAAAAUUAUUUCGAAACAUUUUAAGAGGUAUGCGGUUGUUUUAUUCAUGUCAUACUCCUGAAUUCAGUCUAAAAAUAAUCAUAAAACAAUCUUACAUCUAUUGUUGGCACCAACAUCAUCGAAUCUCGCGGUAAUAUGAACAGACUGAAUUGAUGCAAGCUUACAGUAAAUGAAGUAAAACUAGACUAACUAGAUAGAAUACCGUAGUUUCUUGCUUUUGAUAUAAGCCAUUGCCAAAAUGCUUCGAUUUUUCCCGCUUUGAUUAAAAAACAAAUUGGCAUCGAUUUAGUAUUAUUGGAUCCCAAAUUUUUGAUCUCCCAAUCUCAGUCAUGUAAAAUAAUAUUUUUCCGAACAAACCACUUAAAUUUCAAAAAGCUGAAUGACUAAACCUUUAAAAUAGAUGUAAAGAUAAACGUUUUGCUGGAUUAUUCUUUUCAAAAUUUGCGUUUGAAUCUAGAACUCCGUUUUUCUAUAUACACCUUGUAUAUGUAUUUAAUAUUACAAUGUUAUAUACAGGAAGAUUCGAGGUUAAAGUCAUUGCGUGUAUCCCUCGAGGAAGAGAGACGCGUCACGCGGGAACAACUCGAAGCCGAGCGUGGAUUAGUUCAGAGGACGAAGGAAGAGUUUCUGUCACAACAACGACAAAUGAUGUUGGACAUCAAUGAGGAAAGGAGAACAUUGGCUUUAGAAAGAGCCGAGGUGUCUGCUGCUCAGCGAGGAAUGAUGAAUAAAGAAAAGCAAAAACAUGAUAACUUUACAAAGGUAUGUUGACGAGUUAAAAAGCUCUCUGGAACAUUUCUCGACAGUAGCUCAAUCCAAACAGAAAAAAAUGUACUUUUCCAGUCUCUUCCACAGGCCCUCAUGCCUCAUGAGAAGGUUACAACUAAUAGAGGGCCUUCCAUGGAGAUUAUAAAUAACACUAGAGGGGGCAUCGAGGGUGAAAUUUGGGAACGCGGUAAUGGGGGGCAAAUUGAAAUCCCAGAUGAACACCACACAAUUCUUGGGUUACACUUGAAACCAGAAAAAAUUAAAAGAAGGUUUACGGUAGUACAUGAAACCAUACACUAUAUUGGUUUAUUACUACAGAAGGAAACCUGCGAUGUUUGGUAUAAUCAAACUUAAGGCACUCUUCUUGACGAAAUUAGAAUGAGACAAGUACAUAUUGCAGCGAUCCCCGAUCACGGAGGUAGUACCAAUGCCGUUUGUUUGUUUUUUUGUAGUUGGAUGCAGAGCAGGAGAGCGCACGAGUGCGUCUGGCGGAAGACACCGCUGCCCUGGAUGCCAGAGAGACUCAGCUAAGAAGAGAUCAAGAGGAACUGAGAAGAGAGAAACGGAUAUUUGUGGAUAAACAUGACAAAUGGAAUACAGAGAAAGAUCAUAUUGGAAAACUGGGAUUGGAGCUUGAAAAACGUGCUCAGGAAAUUGACGAAGUCAGCCUGGUAAGUUUGCUUGCAUACCGAAAACGGUCAACAGUCAGCCUGGUAAGUUUGCUUGCAUACCGAAAACGGUCAACAUUAGUUUAGUUUAGUUUUAGUUUUAGUUUUAGUUUAGUUUAGUUUAGUUUAGUUUAGUUUUAGUUUUAGUUUUAGUUUUAGUUUUAGUUUUAGUUUUAGUUUUAGUUUUAGUUUUAGUUUUAGUUUUAGUUUUAGUUUUAGUUUUAGUUUAGUUUAGUUUAGUUUUAGUUUAGUAGUUUUAGUUUUAGUUUUAGUUUAGUUUAGUUUUAGUUUUAGUUUUAGUUUUAGUUUAGUUUAGUUUAGUUUAGUUUAGUUUAGUUUAGUUUAGUUUGCAGUAGUUUAGUUUACAGUAGUUUAGUUUAGUUUAGUUUAGUUUAGUUUAGUUGAGCUGAGUUUGCCACCAAUUGCAAUAUGUAAACUACCUAUAAUACACAUUAUGACUAAUACAAUAGAGAUAUUAAAUACAAACUGUGGUACUUUCCUGUGCUGAAAAUCAUGGAAGUAGAGUUGGUUCUUUCCGGUGCUUCGAGAGAUUUUCUCCAGUUUUUCUUCCUCGCCAAAAAACUGACCCCUUAGUCGUCGAGCAUAUGUAUCAUGAACCUGUGUUGUCCACAUUGGUCCCAGAAAAAUUUUGAGGUUGACUGAAUAAAAUGUAAAAUGUAAAACCGUAGAAGGUAAAAAGUCUUACUUUACUUAGUUUACUGCAGAUCAUGCAUAUAGAUAAAAAUACAUUGUCAAGUAUAUCUUCAUACUUCGUUGUCUUGCUUAAACUCUGUAAUAUCCCUGAAGAACGGUCAAUAUUCAACGUGUCUGUUAUACAGGAAGCAGCGAAGGUCCGCGAAGAAGGCAGAAAGUCCCUGGAGGUCGCACAACGUAUGCAGGUCGAGAUCGCGCAACAAGCCAAUGAGUUGGAGGCGAGAGUAUUACUGUUGCAAGAGAAGGACCGGCAGGUUGCUGAUGUGAGUUUGUAAUCACUGAAAUAACUUCCAAGCCUACACUAUAGCAAUUUUGUCGGCGGUUUUUUCCUCCUGGCAGAUGUGAUUGGAUGAGUGACAUGUAGAAGACUUGGAAAUGUAUACUUCCAUAGAGCGAUUCUAUAUACUUUUCUGCGAGUUCACUUACCGUAUUUAUUCGUUUGAGCGCCGCGGCGCUCUUUAAAUUUUCAGAGCUUCAGAUGCGGCGCUCAUUCGGGGGCGGCGCUCUGUAAAAAAUAUUUUAUUUGUGAAUUAUAACAAGAACUUUUAACAAUAAAAUAAACAAGUUUUAAAUGUCUAUCGGGGGCGGCGCUCUUUAAAAAAUAUUUUAUUUGUGAAUUAUAACAAGAACUUUUAACAAUAAAAUAAACAAGUUUUAAAUGUCUUUGUCAGUAAAUGUAUCCAUUUUGACGGCGGAAAGUUUUUACACUGUUUAGUGCGGCGCUCUUUAAAAAAAUCUGAUCUCAAAUGAGGCGCUUAUUCGGGGGCGGCGUUCAAUCGGGGGCGGCGCUAAAUCGAUUAAAUACGGUAUUCACGUCCGUUAAGAAGAGAAAAUCACCGACAAAGUCUGUAGUGUGAACCAGGCUUAUAUUGGGCAAAUAUCAAGAUUUUGGGCACCUCGCUCUAUAGACGCUCGACAGAACUAACAGUUGAAGGGUUGGGAGGGCCGCAGGUUCGAUUCCUGUCAGAUGGCCUAUAGUUGUAUUUUUCGCAACUGCUUCUGGUUAAGUCUAAAAUUGUAUAUAUAGAGAAUAAUACAUGAUGGGUGCGCGGAAGUACCAGAUUUAUUUCGAGUGUUGAACAUGAUAUCUCACGAGUGAGCGCAGCGAAUGAGUGAGAUAUCAUGUUCAACACGAGAAAUAAAUCUGGUAUUUCCAAGCACCCAUGUAUUUUUCUAUGUAUAUUCACCUAUACAUUCUAUAUAUUCUAUGUAUAUUUCACCUAUAUAUUCUAUGUAUAUUUCAUGUAUAUUCACCCAUGUAUUAUAUAAAGGACAGUCUUUGCAAAGCGAUAAUUUUUACAGAAAAGCGAAAAUUGAAAAGCGAUAAUUUUCAGAUGUGAGAUUAUCAUGAAUAAUCUCACAUGUGAGAUUAUCACUUUUAUCAGUGCUCGAAGUACUAUUUAAAGCACGCGUAGGAGUGUUUUAUCAGAUAUAAAACGCGAGGCGCAGCCGAGCGUUUUAUAUCUGAUAAAACACGACUACAAGGAACGGCUAUAGUGGUAGCGUUUCUUCAUGAUUGCCUAACGUCUGCAGCUAUAAUUAUCAGUUGAGCUAUCUCUUCUUUGUCUACGUUUGUCUAUUUGUCUAGACGGUUUACCCCAUUUAUAUUUUGCAUUAGGAACGGCUAGCGUCAUUGAAGGAAAAGAGAGAAUUGGAAGUGGAGAGACGUCGUGGUUUGUGUAGUCGUUGUUCACAGUCACAAAGUCGUCCGCGGACGCUUGACUCCACUGGAAAAAGUAUGUAAUUAUUUGUUAGAAAAUUAUUAAUAAAGAAGGGCCUGAUCCGCCAGAAUCUCUAUAGGAUGCAGCGCCCUUGAGAAAUUAAGAAACAUUGUGGCGGAAACAUUUUUCCUGGCCAUGUUUCCCGACUGUGGACAAAUCAGGAAACGUUAUUUUCUAGCCAUGUUUCUCGAAUGUGGACAAAUCAGGAAACAUUGUUUCCCCAUCAUGUUUCCUGAAGGUGCACAAACCAGGAAACAUUGUUUCCCCACCAUGUUUCCCGAAGGUGGACAAACCAGGAAACAAUGUUUUUAGCCAUGUUUCUAGAAGGCGGAAAAAUCAGGAAACAUCCGUGAAUAAAUCCGCAAUAUUGCUGGUUUUACUAAGAUUCGAUGAAGUACUACUUAUCACUUCUUCGUGAUAAAUAAUUAUCUACGAUUAUUAUCAAUGACUGUAGUAAUUAUUAAUGAUUGUAUUUUAGGGGAACCAUCGGCUAGACUUUCACAGUCAUUAGACGGCAGUCUCUCCUCGCGCUACGCUACAUCCCGAGAACUCAUAACCAGUCCCCCACCUCCACGAGCAAGUUCUGUUCAUAGCUUGCCACCAGACCUCCUGGUCAACACGCUGGAUUUAAAGAGAACAUUACGCCGCUGGUCACAGGAUAAAGAACAGGUUGGUAACGAGGACAUUAGGCUAUCUACAAUCCUGGGCUACGUCCACACUAUACCGGUUAACUUUCGGUAGCGGCGCGAAAAAGCACCUCUCCGAUACGGAAUGUACAACUUUCAGAAGUUGAACGAAACAACAUCUCUCCGUUGCAAUACUGUAAUUCUUCCGAAAUAGCGUUCCUACGGAAAGCUAUAAGUGUGUUUUCCACUUUAAGGUUACAGAACACCUUUGAGUGUUAAUUUUGCCUAUAAUUUUUUCAUUGGUUUCAAUGAAAGCGAAACGAAAAAUGAACGAAAAAUGUUGAAAACUCGCAGAGUUAUUUAAUAAAAUACAUUACGCUGCAAUAAGAAAAACAUUGAAAAUGUAAUAUUCAAAUUCAAUUUUCUCACGAAAAAUUUUACGGUAAUUACUGAUUUUCAAACGAGUUGUGCUCCUGCGGGUUUUAACCAAUUUUUCUCAAAUUUUCACAGGACAUAGCUAAAUACGUCAGUUUCAAAAUUGUGUUCGGCUUUUUUUUAAUUUUGGAUAUUUUAAAAAUAAAGAGCAAUUCACUCAAACAAUUCAGAAAUAUAUUGCAGUCGUCAAAGAAAUCGCCAUAUCAGCGGAACGACGAAAUAAACAAAAAUUUCCGAACACAAUUUUUUAGAACAACUAUUUUACUGUAUAAAAAUGAUAUUUUCAUAAAUAUAACUUAAAACCAGCAGGAGCACAACUCAAAAGCGUAAAGGUACCGCGAUUUAAGAUUUUCCUGAAUAAUUCUUACAUUAUUUUAUUGUUUGUUAAUUUUACAACUUUACCAUAUUUUGCAUACACUGGAGAACAUUUGGUGAAAAUUUUAUGAAAAUCGGACUGAUAUUGAGCGCGCAGUAGUGAUUUUCCGCAAAACGCCAAAAAAGGUGUCCUGUAACCUUAAUCGUAUCGCACUGAAACGUAGCGUAUUUCUUUGUUUUCUGAGCGGUGGUGUGGGACUAAUGACUUCGACACAAAAGAAAAUGCUACGAUACGUUACGACACGACACGACACGGUUGAAGUGGAAAACAGGCUGCAGCCUUCGUUUGGAGCGAUAGUUUAAAUAGAGAAUAAUACAUGGGUGCGCGGAAAUACCAGAUUUAUUUCGAGUGUUGAACAUGAUAUCUCACGAGUGAGCGCAGCGAACGAGUAAGAUAUCAUGUUCAACACGAGAAAAAAAUCUGGUAUUUCCAAGUACCCAUGUAUUUUUCUGUUUAUCGUUAUAAGGACAGUCUUUGAAAAGCGGUAUUUUUUUUACAGAAAAGCGAUAAUUGAAAAGCGAUAAUUUUCACAUGUGAGAUUAUCAUCUCACAUGUGAGAUUAUCACUUUUAUCAGUGCUCGAAAUCUCUAUAAAGCACUAUACUUUAUAUAAUAAAUAUCUUUUAACCACUCAUUAAUAAUUCAUGAGCUUAUUGGAAAAUCAUAUCAACCAUAAUAUGUCACAUGAAGAGGCUUUAUACCUGAUGUUCAUGAUGAAAGUUUUUUCUAGACUUGUUUAGAUCAAAAUUUAGUCUAUAAUGCAAAUGGUCUGUUUUGCAGUAUUUUAUAUUUGUUGCAUUACCAGGCUAAUAAACAUGCAAUUUCUCAGCAGAAACUGUUAUCUAAAAAGGCUUUACAGUCAAAAUACAAGAGCCGUCCCAAUUCCGCUUCUGUAAACUGUUGACAUUUACUGUAAUGUGUUCUGUAUUACAGUAUAGCUGUUACCGAUUUAUAGAUGAAAUUUAACAUCUUCUACGUGUUAAACUGUAGUGAAUGUAACAAAAAAUGCAACCUUCGCAACAAAUUAUUAUAUAAAAACAAAGAGAACUACACAGGGUUAGUACGGGUCCUGGAAAACCUGGAAAGUCAUGGAAUUUCAAUACUCCAAAAUCCAGGCCUGGAAAUCCUGGAAAAUCAAUUCUGGUCAUGGAAAGUCAUGGAAAAUUGAAAUUUUACAUAACAUUAAUAACGAAGUAUUUCACUUAUUUCAAUUUACCAGUCAUAACAAUAUAAUAUGAAUUGUUGUUAUAUAACGGAUUUUUGCAAGAGCAAAGUGAAUUUUGUCUUUUAUUAUAUCUGUUAUCGUUAAAAUAUUAACGAAUUUCAGAAAUUCCAGACUUCCAGGUCAUGGAUUUUGAAAAAAAGUCAUGGAAAAGUCAUGGAAUUUUAAAUGGAGAGGGUGUACGAACCCUGACUACAUCUUGUCACCGUAUUUGCUCAUAAUUUAGUAACUGCUACAGACUACAGAAGCCGAAGUGGGAGGGUUCUUGUAUUUUCACUGUAAGCAUUUAUCAUGCACUAAUCAAAGUCCUUAGCGCUCAUUCUUGAGCAGAAAUUGAGACUGCGUCAUCUUUUCGAAAUCUGACUAUAUAUAAUAUGACAAGUUGAUACAGGAAUAUUUCCAGUCUUGGCAUAUUUAAGACCUCGACUAUUUAACAAUUAGUCGCCGUAGGCGAGGUGAUUACAAGCCUAUAUUCACUGAGCCGAAGGCGAAGUGAAUAUAGGCUGGAAUCACCGAGCCUGAGGCGACUAAUUGUUUUAGUAUAAAUUUCCAGGUGUUUACAAACAAUAAUCCACACAACUUUAUAAAAAUUCACUACAAAUAAAUUUAUUUUCACUAUAAAUAGUUUGUUUACAAAAUUUAAAUCUCAGACACGGCUCUGUGUCGCGUUGCGACUAAGCCAGUUUUUUUCCAAAUAAAAGCACGUAAAGUUUAAUAUUUUACCUUGAAAUAUUUUUAAACCAUAUUUUGCAGCUUCUUUGGGUUUUUCGGAAUGCUAUCUUCUUUAAUUUUGGCAAUUUCUUCCUCUGUUACUACGGCAAAACGAACAGCCAUUUUGAAAAAAAAGCUAUAGUCACUGACCAGUGACUAUCACUUCAGAGACAGUGAAUCUUGACCAAUCAGAAUGCAGAAAAAUCAAUAGUCACCUGGAAAUUUAUACUAAAAAGGCUUGGAAACCCCGCUAUGUAUAACCACAGGGUAUAACGUUAUUACAUGCAGGGUUCAAAACUUGAAAGUCCUUCAAUGUCCUUGAAUUUGAAAACAAAAUUUCAAGACCUUGAAUUUCCUUGAAUUUCUAAAGAAGUACUUGAAAGUCCUUAAAUUUUUCGUGUUUUAGUUUUUGGAUAUUUUCUAAAAUUGUUUGACAUUCAAAAUGGACAUUUUGUUGAAUUGAUUUUGCUUGUUCAUAUCUGACAAAGCUGUUUGAAACUCAUUAAAGUUGCGCUUUGAACAAUUCAACGUCACAUUUUACUGAUUUCUAAUCCUUUUUCUUCAGUAUUUAGUCCUUGAAUUUGCUGAUACAUUGAAUGAUUGUCCUUGGAAAGUCCUUGAAUUUGAGUCUUCCUCACAUGUACGAACACUGUUAUUAAUACUGUACUUUAUUUUAGGAUGAAGAAUUUUUGGCGAAGGAAUCAGAAUUUCUGAACAGUCUACAGGACACCCGGUUAAGUCCGCUAUACCGUGAAUAACGCGCAAGGAUGCUCUUCCAUUAAGGUAAAUGAAUAGUAAAAUCUCCACCUUGUGGAAUAAUGCUUUGGGGGAUUUUAUAGCUGCACGACUACAACAACUUGACCAUCUGGCUUACACACAUUAUAUCUACAGAGUUUUUGGUGGACAGUUUGGAUCGCUGUCAAGAGCUAAAAACAGUCGCGCUGCAUUACCGAACUGCGCGUCGGGUGUUUUAACAUAGAAUCCGUUUCGCUGCGCCUCGAAACUCCGUGCUUCGCCAGAGAACUAGACACGGGUUGAGUAGAGAAUUUCCAUACAUCAGCGUAGUGGACAACGGUCGCAACACAUACUCCAAAACAAUCCAGUUAUUACCACUGAUAUUCGCUUCGUAUAUCAACCUCGCAAAUCCGAGCAAGUAACAUGCGAUUAAACCACCCACUACCAUACACGCGGUCGUCGUCGAGCGAAGCACCUUUUUCUGCGCUACCAAAUUACCGGUACAAUUUGUCGGCAUCUGGCUUGUUGCUAUGCGACGGCGGUGACGACGAAUAAGUUUAUAAGUCCAGAGCCACGUCGAGGUUACAGUUAGGAUUGUGAAUAUUAUUAAACCGGCUCCAGUCAUAAUGAAUACUCGUUGCGAUGCGAAACAUGUUUGAAGGGUUACAACGAUAAAUACAGUCGACCAUGAGAUCACUACUAGACCUUUAAGAUAGGCUACUAAUUUUUGAUACUGGUAAGGAUAUGCUAAAGUGACAAAACUGUGCAAACUUAAUAUAGUCACAGUUGAUAACGACAAUCCAAGACAUAGAGAUGAUGUGACGUAGAUAACAAACCAUAGUUCACAGUCGUAUAUAGAAAAAGCGCUCUGCAAGAUCGCUGCAAUGUAUAUCGGCUGUGCGAAAGCAGUUAUAGUAAGGUCUGUGAUAGCCAGCAAGGUGAAUAAUGUGUUCUGCACAACACGUACGUUUCGAUACCGGCAGUAAGAUAGGAUUAUAAGUACAUUUGCCGUUGUUCCACAUAGGGAAAUCACGAUAUUUGUGAUGACAAAGCAUACUGUAAGUGUUAUGUAAAGUAUGUUUGUGUGUUGCAUUGUCUCCCAGCCAAUGCACAGAUAUUUAGUGAAUUCUUUCAAUGCAACCAUUAUGACCGAAAUUCCACAAGAAAAUAGUCAAAGUAUUGAGUUAUUUGCUCCCCUAUAAGUGUAUUCCACUGUCUUUUACUGUUUUAGAUAGUCGGAAUCUUAUUAGCGUUACCAGACAAAAUAACCAGACAAAAUCCACAAAAAAUUAGGUUCAAAAUUGUCCAAUAUUUUCAAUCUUCAAAAUCCAAGUACUGUCUUUAAAAUACUGGCGGUCUGAUAUUUCACAUCAAAAUGAACCAGAAAACAUUCACCCAUGUCAAGAAACUGACAAAAAUAUAGUUGAACAUAGAAAUCCAGUCUAUUGCCUUCUUUACUAUUGAAAAUAUGUCACGAAGAUUCAACGAAUUCACUCUUGAAAACCUAAUUCACUGUCUUUGCAAUUGACACUCUGACUCCUCUAAUGAAAUAUUGACACAAGAAUAUAUGUACUUAUUAAAAAUAAAGUUCAAAAUAAUUCAGUGUAUAUUAAAGUCUUCACCGCUCAAAUUGAAUUUCGUUUGAAUUCUAUCGUGCAAUAUUGGCUUUGAAAAUAUUGCUUGUACUUAUUGCUAUAUAUAUGAUAAAAUAUUAAGUAAAUUUGUGUAGACAAAAUGUUAUUUGAAAUUAACGCCGCACUUAAUAAUAACUGACAGGGGAUUUCAAUUAAAUUUUAAAAGGUGAAAAUUAAUUUUAAUAGCAAUAUUUUGUAGUUGUUAUUGUAUAAGAGUACAUCUGCUUUAAUUAAACACCGUCGGUUGUCGUCAUAGCCCGUCACGAGUCGGCUUCUUUUCGGAGACCACCGUAAAGCACAUUUAUCGAUUGUUUUUCGGCUUGAGACUUUUUCUAAAAUGUAUUUUCUGUGAUGUGAUUUUAUUGCCACUUUCUUGCUACUAAUUCUUUAAAUGCUUAUAUUUGAACUAGUUUAGAGGUUGCAAAGCUAUUUUCUAUAUAUAGAUAAUUGCUGGGAUUUUUUGUUGUUGUGUUUUUAUUCAUGUUAAGGCUUUGAAAAGCGAAUAACGUGCUGUUCUGUUGUUCGCAUAACUUCCGUGAUUCUUAGGCGCCAUCUUGCCUUUUCUGCUAGCAGGAUAUAAGCUAUUAUGAGAGCCAAUCAGAUUGCAAAAUCGUAGUUGCAAAACAGUGCAAAGCAUCGCAAUGCUGUUAUGUUCCU